AAUUUCAUUAUGGGAGAUGUAGGAGCCUUUCCUUGCCUUCAGAGGUUUGUAAUAAGAAAAUGUCCCAAACCGAUUGGAGAAUUACCGAAAUGCCUGCAGUGCCUGGUGGAGCUUCAUGUGUCAGAAUGUCCAGAAUUGGUGUGUCGACUUCCAGAACUUGCAUCUCUCGGUGAAUUAAAUUUAAAAGAAUGUGAUGAGGCAAUGCUGAGAGGUGAGUUUGAUCCCACCUCCCUCAUUACUCUAAAUCUCGAAAUGAUUUUAAGAUUGACUUGUGUGAGGAUCGGAUUCACGAGAUCCUUGGUAGCCUUGCAAGAAUUGGUGAUAAAGGAUUGUGGUUGGCUGAGAUGUUUGUGGGAGGAGCAAGGGGUACCUCGCAAUCUUAAAAUUUUGAGGAUAGAAGACUGCGCUAAUCUGGAGAAGCUGCCAAUGGAUUGCAAACUUUCACGUGUCUUGAAGAGUUGCAAAUAACGAGAUGCCCUAAACUAGAGUCAUUUUCAGAUUCGGGUUUGCCGCUAAUGCUAAGAAAGCUUGUGGUGGACGAGUGUGAGAGUCUAAAAUGGCUGCCUCGUAACUACAACUCAUGUGCCCUUGAAUCCCUAGAGAUAUAUAUGUGUCCAUCUCUCGUAUGCUUUCCAAAUUCUGAGCUUCCAACCACACUCAAGAAUAUAUAUAUUCAAGGUUGUGAAAAUCUAACGUCUCUACCAGAAGGAAUGAUGCACCAUAAUUCCACUUGUUGUCUUGAAAAUUUGAUCAUUGAUUAUUGUCCCUCUCUCAAGUCCUUUCCAACAGGGGAGUUACCCUCCACCCUUAAAAAUCUUGCAAUUUCCGUUUGCUCCAACUUGGAGUCGACGUCAGAGAACAUGUGCCCCAACAAUUCAGCUCUUGACUCUUUAUACCUUGUGCGUUAUCCAAAUCUGAGAACCCUACCAGAAUGCCUGCACAAUCUCAAGAAUCUCCAAAUAAUUGACUGCGAAGGUCUGGAGUGCUUUCCCAAAGGAGGCUUGUCCGUCCCCAACCUCACACGCCUUUGUAUCGCUCAAUGUCGGAAUCUGAAAUCUCUGCCACAUCAAAUGACAAACCUCAAAUCUCUUCAACUGCUGAGAAUAAGCGGCUGUCCAAGAGUGGAGUCCUUUCCAGAAGAGGGUUUAGCCCCCAACCUGACAUCACUUAAGAUUGAUGACUAUGAAGAGUGUCUUCUUCCCAUUUCUCUCACCUCCAUUACAAUCAAUGGAAUGGAAUCCCUAGCCUCCUUGGCUCUCCGAAAUCUCAUCUCUCUUCAAGUCCUAGAGAUAUCAAAUUGCCCUAACUUCUGCUCUUUAGCGUCGUUGCCUGCAACACUUGAAAGACUUCAAAUCCAGAAUUCUCCUAUACUAAAAGCAAGGUGCUCAAAGGAGAAAGGAGAAUAUUGGCCCAACAUUGCCCACAUCCCCAGCAUUUGGAUAGUUGGAGAAUAGAUAUUGAGGCAGAAACUUGUAGGUGGAGGCAUUACGUUUCAUCCAUUCUUACAUUCAGUCAGUUUGAUCUUAAGAAGAUUGGAGUAGGCAGGAGUGAAAAUCUUCUGGUUGACUAUGGAUUUGAAUUAUAGUAUCUCAAGGAAGGUGCCUAUACAUAGGUUGAUUUCCUGAUUUCAGUCCUGAAGAAGGCUGCCAACAAUGCUAAGGCUUAUCACCAGUUCUAAAAGACAGGCGCUUAAACGAGAGGAAUUCUGGCCCCACAUUGCUCAAGUCCCCUGCAUGGAUGUAGAUUCCGAAUUUUGUUGAUUAACUAUCACAACUUGAGAUUGAACUUCAUUUAUGUAUGCUGAAGCAUGGGAUCAAAGACCAUUCAACCCUGUCCCAUCCUUAGUUUCAAUCAGGAAGAAGGAAAAAAUGCAGGUGGAAUCAAAAGCUUUUCAAUAAUAAGUUUGUGGUCUAUUCAGAUCAAUGAUAUGGAAAGUAUCCCCUGCUUUUAGAUAGAUGGGAAUAUAUGCUUUGAAGUAUAAUAACUAGAAAUAGAAAUACAUUUUGUGGGUACCAGAAAAGAAACAGAAGCAGAAAGCCAUUCAACCCCCAAUCCUUGCAGGUACAAUAUUACUACCAUUUUCCUAUCCUUUCCUUACUUUUAUUAUACUUAGGGAUAGCUUUAUUGUGUGUACAACAUCAACCUUGUUUUCUCCUGGGACCAUCAAAUUGGAUCAAAGGCACCAUGCCGUUGAGUUACCAAAUUCAGCCUCUUUCCUUUGUCUUUUUUUUUUUUCUUUUAAAUGAUAUUUUCAACUUUCUAAUUUUUAAAGCCAUUGUCUUGGAUUUGGUUCAGAAGUAGUAAAAUUAUAAAAAAAAAAAUUAUUUCUUUUUCUGCAUGCUAUUAUAUUUAGUGGACUUAGAUAUGGAUAUCUAGAUGUCAAUUGCUAUUCCAAUAUUAGAGUAGCUUAGUAGAGAAAAAAUAAACUGAAAAUUUGACAAAUGAAACAAUUUUCUUUUUAAUGAAGACAGAAACCUUUUUGAAUGAUUGAAGUACAUUCACAUGGGUCCUGCUUUGACAAGGAUGAGGCAGGUACAUAGGGUGAAGAAAAAGAUGAGAGAUGUUCCAUUCCCUAAUUAAGAAAUGAAAGUAAGCAAUUAGUUAUAUCUACCCAUUUAGCUCUCUUCCAACUUCGUUGACCCAAUAUCAAAAUGUAGAAAGGGAAAAAAUGUGUCGAUUAAAUGAAGAAAUUUAUAAACAUAAUUGCAGCCUGUUCACAUACUGGUAUAUUUGUUACUUCUCCUUUGGAUGAAAUUUUUUCUUUUUGUUCUUGUGUAAGCCGAUCAACUUCAUUUUUCAUGCUAAUUAUUUCUGUCACCAGUGCAUUUUGUUCAUCCUCCUGCUCUCAUCCUUUGCUUCACACUAUAUAUAUAUAUAUAUAUAUAUAUAUAUAAAGAGAAAGUUGUCAUUCUGUAAUUUUUUUGCAGCAUGAUUUACUUUGACUCUACAGUCCAAACCACAGCUUAUGAUUGUUCUACAGCAAAACAAAUAUAGUUUCAUGCCGCAAUUUUUUAUGGGUUAUCUUUUGCUAGUUCUCAAUUUCAUGCACUCUUUUUAAUUACACAAUUACUUAUUUAGAUCCGUGAGACUGGCGUGGUAUCUCAAAUUAACAGAACUCCAUUAUUCGGAUAUACUACAUUGAUAAGGUCACAGUUAACUAAUUUGAAGGUCAAUUUAUGUUUAGGUUAUUAAUAAUUUUAUCUUGGUUUCAGUUUGAUCUAAAGAAGAUUGGGGUAGGUAGGAACAAAAACCUUCUGGUUAACUUUGGAUUUGAAGUGCAGUAUCUCAAGAAACAUGUGAGAAUCUGAAAAUGCCCAUAUCUGAGUGGGGCCUCCACACCCUCACCUCUCUUUCCAAAUUGAUUAUUGAGGAUCUCUUUCCAGGUAUGGUUUCCAUCUUGGAUGAAGAGUGUCUUCUUCCUACAUCUCUCACUUCUCUUGAAAUCAGGAGAAUGGAAUCCCUAGCCUCCCUAUCUCUCCAAAACCUCAUAUCUCUCCGUUAUUUUUAUUUUUGUUAUUUCUUUUUUACUUUUGUUCAUUAUUUAUUUUUUUCUUUUCCAUUUUUACAUUCAUUGUCAAGGUUGAUCCUUGCAUGUUUAGGUCCUGUAAUUUCUGGAAGGGGGGUUUGGCCCCAUGGUAGCUUCGGUUUGGGUUCAAUUCUGAGAAGCUUGAUGCACAUGUGUCUCAGUAGCACUGGUCCACUAGGCCUUUACAGAUGAUGAAAUCAUGCUGCCAGUCCUCUAACUUGAAGAGAGGGAAAAAACAAUGCCGAUGCAAAUUUAAUUCCUAACACAAGUAUGGUGCUGGUAGGUGGUGGAAGCAUGAUGGACACAUUUAAAAUGGAUGGGCUUGAGAAUGUGCCAUACAAUGAUUUCUCUGCUAGUUGAUGGCAUAAAAUGAGAGGAAUUUUGAGACUUAUGGCUCUCUAAGAAGAACUCAACUCAAUGGAUGUCUGUGCUGUGCUUUUUUAGUUUUAGUGGCUUAAGAAAAAUUAGCUGUCUCUGAUUUUGGAACUUGACGUAUAUAAUGUAAGAAGUUUGAAGCUUGUUUCUUGAUCCUUAGACAAUUGUAGCAAAUGUUUCCAUAGGAUUUGUUUCUCUAGUUUGAUGAUUUAAACAUUUUUAUUUUCUCAAAAGUUGUAAUACCUCAAGUCCUUUUUUUUUUUCCUUUUCCUUUCUUCUUAAAAAGAAAAUUGUGAGAACAUUGUAAUUUGCUUUUUACUAUAGUGGAUUAUUUCUAUGAUUGCCCUAUGGUUUUUCCCUUGUUAUUAGAGGGUUUUCCAUGUAAAUCUUGGUGUACCUUUUAUUUCAUUAUUUCCAAAGACAUUCAUUCAUUGUGUCCUAAACUUUGUUGUCUUACAGGAUAAGAGGCUGAUGACGCAACUUAAAUAAAACUGUAAACAUGUCUAGGCGCAACUAGAGCUUCAACUCUAGCAAUCAACCAUAUAUUGUGUUUAUUUUCUUGUAAAUUGUUUCAUGAGAGUUAAAAAUGGUUCAAACAUAAUUGGAAGCUUUACCCAAAGUAUAGUUAUCCAGUUAUCCUUUUAGAGUAGUCUAAGUUACCUAGGCUAGUGAGAGAAAAAUUAGAAAAUCUAGAGCCUGCUUGAUAAUGCAAAUGAGAAGUAUUUUUUAUUAAAAAUAAUAUAUAAAAAAUGACAUAAAAUAUUAUAAUAUAUAAGUCCCAAGCUUAUUUCAUCUUUUUAUAUUUGGAUAUUCUUUGAGAAAUGGUUCCCCUUUCAAAUGAUGAGUGUUUCUUUCCUACAUCUCUCACCUCUCCUAGAAUCUGGAUUAUAGAAUCCUUAGCCUCCCUUGCUCUCCAGAAUGUCACCUUUCUAAAACAUUUGCAUACCUAUCCUUGUACUAAACAUCAUAGUUCUUUAUGUUUUUUUCUUUUUUGGAAGUAAACCUUAUAGGUUGCUCUGAGUUGUUAGUUGAUAUGCUUCAUUUUUAAAAAAUUCUUCUCUAUGUUGGAAGAAGGAAAAAAAAAAUGCAGGUGAAAUCAAAAGUUUCUCAAUAGGGUCUAUUCGAAUUAUGGUGUGUUCUUGACCUCAAUGUUAGAUGUUAUUUUCGAAAAAAGAAAAAAUUAUUUCUAAGUAAGCCUGAUAGGUUCCCAUGUUUUUUAAGUUGAUAUGCUUAAUAUUAAGUCCAAGUAUAACCAGUGCAAUCCUCAUAUUCCAUAAAAACAUAUAAUCUAUCAAGAUUGAAGAGCCUUGUUUGGUCUAUCAUCAUUUACAGUAUCUUGGACCCUCACUUCACAUAUGCCAUGGCUUUUGAAUUCUUAUGCAGCAAAGUUAUGCAGUUUCGUUCUCACUCUGGAAGAAAGUAGAUGCUCAUGAAAUUCAAAAUUUCCUGAUCACAAUAGCAGGCUAUUCAUAUGCCGGUAUCUUGUAGUUUUUGGAAGUGGAGUUUGGCCCUAACCUAGCUUUAGUUUGGGUUCAAGAUUGUGAGAAGCUUGAGACAUUGCAUCUGAGUGGCACUAGUCCUUCAAGCCUUUACAUAUGAAAAUUUCAUGUUUCUUAUUCCUCUAACUUCGAGCAAGCUUUUUACUAAAAGUUUCUUCAAGUGCUAUUGAUCUCAAGUUAUCCCAAGCUUGGGUCCUUUUUACUAAACGAAGGGCUGUGUGCAACACCUAGUGCUUGAAAUCUCGAAUUUUCCUGUUCCAAGACAAAGCUUCAUGGUUGUAGAAGUCAAAGCUACAACCAAUGCUUGAAAUAUAAGACAAAGGUGCUUAAAGGAAAAACAGGAAGUUUAAUUGGACUAUUCUUAUUGUGGGGAUCAAGUUUUGCAGCACUGUCAGUCAUACCCCUCCCCUCUAAGAAGCUCACUUGGGCAUAUCACAUUCUUGAGUUCAAAACUUAAGAAAGUAAGUUAACAUGGUUGGUACUCAAAGCCUGUUGGAUACUUAUAAGUUGACGGGAUUGGAGAAUAGGCCCUAUGAAAACUCCUUUGUCCUCCAUAGAAGACAAAGAAUCUCAAGUCUGCAUAUUGAUUUUGUUCAUCUGUUGUUGUUGCCCAUUGGCCUGGACUUGGGGAUGCAUGAAAAGGGAAUAUGUUUCUUGGAGGCCUCAACAUAUUUCAUGGUAACUCAAGACAUGAUUGUGAAAUUACCAAAUAUGAUCACCAAACAAGCCACCAUUUUGGUAAAAAUGUAGAGAAAAUACAAGAAACUCUUGGGAUCUUGUUAGAGACUUCAACUUGGCAUCCAAACUUCAGGUUUUUGAAGCUUUGCACUUUUUUUUAUUGGUAUUUUUGAGGGAGGAAAAACAUAAAGAGCUGUGAACUUUAAACCCCAUCAAUAAUUUGUAAUCAGUAAUGGUUCAGCUAGUUGAGUCUCAUUAUCUUGCUUUAGUGACCAA